AUGGCUGAUUUGACGACCACCUGCCAAAAGAAGGCAGGGGACUUCGAAGAGCGGAAGAAGCUUCGUGGAGAGGAGCUCGUUGCGCUGGGCGAAGCCAUCAAGGCAAUCUCCGAGAUCUCCGGCGCCAGCCUUGCGCAGACGGUGAAGACGGCCUCGGCCCUGGUGCAGCUGCGAACCGACGCGGCGAACCCGGCGCAGGCCCAAGUGGCUCGUUUCCUGCAGAGGGAGGCGUCGAGUCUGAACAGCCGGCUUCUCUCCGCGCUUGCGGAACGUGCACGAGCAGACCCAAUGGGGAAGGUCAAGCAGAUGAUCGAGCAGCUGAUUGUGCGACUCAAGGACCAGGCCAAGGAGGAGACGACCAAAAAGGGUUGGUGCGAUGCAGAAAUGUCGACGAACAAAGCCACCCGCGAGGAGAAGUCCGAUGCCGUGAGCAGUUUGAAGGCAGAGAUCGAUGAGUUGGAGGCCCACAUCAGCAAGCUGGGGGAGGAGAUCGCCAGCUUGUCCGGUGAGCUGACCGAGCUUGACAAUGCCACAUCCGAGGCGACCAGUCUCCGGCAGAAGGAGGAGGCCAAGAAUGAGGCAACGGUCAAGGAAGCCAAAGAGGGCCAGGAUGCGGUGGCCAAGGCGGUUAUGGUGCUGAAGGACUUCUAUGCCAAGGCUGGGCAGUCCACGGCACUGCUGCAGAGCUCUGAACUCCAUGGAGCCCCUCCCGUCUUCGGCGACGAGCCCUACACAGGCAUGCAGAAGGCCAAGGGCGGAGUGGUGGCGAUGCUGGAGGUGAUCGAGUCAGACUUCUCUCGGAUGGAGGCGGAAGCCACUGCCAGCGAGGCAGCAUCAAAGAAAGAGUUCGAGAGCUUUGUGGAGGAGUCCAAGAUCACCAAGGCUGAGAAGUCCAAGGAGGUAGAGCACAAGACAUCCUCCAAGCAGCAGAAGAAGUCCGAGCUCAUCACCUUGCAGGCUGACCUGCAGGGAACUCAGAAGGAGCUGGAUGCGGCCGAGGUUUACUUCGAGAAGCUGAAGCCCGACUGCUUGGAUGCGGGCCCGAGCUACCAGGAGAGGAAAGCUCGCAGAGAGCAGGAGAUGAAGGAUCUGAAGGAGGCCCUCGAGAUGCUGGAUGCCGCGUGA